CUGGCAUCCACUCACCCUUACAACCAGUCGUUUUUGGGCGGCAGGUCGCCUCAAGCUGAUCGAGCCUCUCUUUCAGUUUUCAUUGUCCUCUAAAGCCCAACAUCUCCUCACCUACUACACGACCAUGGUUCGCGAUGUCCGCCCCGACUCUACGUUCUCCAACUCCAAAGUCACGGGUUUCUACUUUAGACCGUACCGCAAUGAGUAUGACGAGGCAGUUCUGGAGUACUCCCGCUGUUGCUGCGGCGCGGUCCGCAAGCAAACCAACCGGAGCGGAUAUUACACCCUGAUGCAACACGUACUGCGUCAGUUCCCUGGCCAUGAGAGCGUUAUGCUACAAGCUACGACGGCUGAGACUGGCUCCGUGCUCAACUUCGUUUCCCACUCGUCCCGGAACCUGUAUGGCUGGCUGGAUGCAAUGGAUCAUCGAAUUCAACCUCCCAUUCUCGUUUUGCGAGCGUCGCGCGGCAAGACGAUACUCAAAUUUGGACCCCAUAUCGGAGGAGACUCUAUGCCUGGGUGUGAGUGGAGUGACGCGAACCGUAGAGCGUACUAUUGCCUGGGAGCUACCCAGGCACUUUGGUGUCAUGAUGGACGAAAUACCGCAAGCGUCCGAGAACUAUGUAGCCUGGUUUGUCUGCUUUAGAGGAGCGAUGAGCUCGUAACUGUGCUUCUAACAAUGGCUCCGCUCUUAAACGAUUCCCGAAUGAUGAUCUAUCAGCAGGGACUCGGCUACAGUGCUACCUGGAGACUACGGAGUUCAGACCGAGCAGUGUAGGUUUUCUCGUCGGGGACAACUACAUGGCCACGCUACGCUAAUGGAAGUCCCGCUAGUCGGACGUUCCAGCCACCGGCUGAACCGAGCCGUGCAACAUGACUUGGCACAGCAUGAAUGUAAUUUGACAACAGUACAGAUCUUAAUGAUCAAGCUGAGGAUACUUACUCAAUCUGCCAAACUUCGGUAAGAAUUCGUGUUCAAUUUGUGUUUUGACAUAUCAUAAAUUUUGCUGUUCAUUUCAACUAUUAAUUUUAUUGACAA